AUGGCUAUGAAUCGUCGCAAAGAGAGAAGAAAACCCUAUUCAAAAACCAAAGCUAGGAAAAUAUUAGAGAUCCAAUUGAAGGGUACUGGAGAGUACAACAAGUUUUAUGAAGAAGGGGUUUACAAUUGUGCUAGAUGUGGAACUCCAAUUUAUAAGUCUUCUAUCAAAUUUGAUUCUGGUUGUGGUUGGCCUACUUUCUUUGAGGGUUUCCCUGGAGCUAUCAAUCGCUCUCCUAAUCCAGAUGGUAGGAGGACUGUGAUAACUUGUGCAACAUGUGGUGGGCACUUGGGUCAUGUAUUCAAAGGAGAAGAGUUCAAGGUUCCAACUGAUGAACGCCACUGUGUCAAUAGUGUUUCUGUCAAAUUUAUUCCUGGAAAUGCUACUUCUUCCAUAUGA